CUUGGGCCACGAUGGCACCUCCCAUGGCAUGUGCUCUUACUGUCUUCAGGGCCUCGUUGCGAUGCGAAAGAGAUUACUGCCGAGGACUCCCUAGUCCUGGUGACUGAUCGACUAGCCCAUGCUACAGAACAAUUCUUCGAUUCGUAUCCCGCGCCCAUUCGUCCCGGCCUGGUCUCUUUCUGACGGGUUUCUGGGCCCUGAGACUUGGACCUUCAUCAAACCCAAAGUUUAGUCCCGUCUGGAUACCUCUGUCCGGAGCCGUACUACGCACAGCCUUAACAACCCCUGGGUUCCGCUGCCCACUUUCUGUUGAGGUUCUGUGCCAUCGCCCCGUCCUUUCCGCCCCCUUCAUAGGUUGUCCAUGGACCUGCAACUGCAUACCGUCUGGACUGACCUCACAUCGCCACCCCGCUACGGCCGAUUCCCUGCAUUGUGAACAGGACCCCCGAGUGGUUGAAUCACAGGCAUUGUACUUUGAUGCCAUACCAUUUUGGAGAGGAUAGAGAAGAAACAUCACGAUCUGGGCCCCCAUUAUAUCUAGGCUCACACUCAGCCUCCGGCGCCGGCGCGCCCGUCUGAGCAAGCAAGCAGGAGACUGGCAAGCAGUGCCGCCCUUGCGUCGACCUAUCAAACUUGCUCGGUCCGCUGCAGGGCGAGCGUGCAGAGGCCGGCAGGGCAAACACGACGGAUUCUGACGGCUAUUUGAUGUAUCGGGGAGAGCAGGACUUCUAGUGCAGGGCCGCUUCGGACAAGUUUGACAGAUCGUGUUGUACUGCGAUUAAUCCUGCGAGCGAAGCGAGGACCGGUUCAGCCCGCGACCAGACCAGCCGGCGUAACGCGCGUCAGCGUCAAAAAAAGCUGAAGCUCCCCAAGCGCGCCCGCAUCCUACCACACAGCACCGCAGCCAAAAUCAUCUGAGCUUUUAGACCGCCCGCGGCGCUUCUCUCCCGCAAAGCAUCUCCAAAUCAUCACCUCACGCGAGCCAGUUUUUGAGUUGCGGAAGUCAAGCGCAGCAGACGCUUGGCAACAAGCUUCGGCUGAAAGCAGAGAGGCGACGCAUACCAAACCAAGUCGAAACGUCGAGACUUCAGUACCGCAGCGAACGAGGGGUGGUGGUGGCGACGACAAGGUUUCUCUCAGUCAAAGUCCUAUCGGACAUCGCCCGGCACUUCCACCCGUUCCAUCUGCACGCUGCAGGCUGGCAGCUGCUCGUUCACCAGUACCGGUCGCCAGUUCGAAUCCAGACACACUCAGGACUGUCGAGGCACCCAAAGGAGCCCGAGCCCGAGCCAAAGAGCGCUCGUGGAGUAUUUCCGGACCGCGGCCUUCGCCUCUUGACCAUCUGUCAGAGAGCAGAGCCUGGCAAAUUGCACCGACUCACAGUCGGCUUUACUAUCGUACAGGUCUCACCGAGACGAGUGCUACAUACGUAGCUCGAGCGGCCGCAGGUGCCGAUCGACACGGAAGUCGAAGUAACCCUGGGUGACGACCCUAGGAGUCGCGCUGAUUCAUCCGAGAUUCUCAUCUCACACGAGACGAUCGCAAAGCCUCUUAUUCCUCAUUCCACCUUUUGGGUUUACAACCAGGACGUCGGCUCCUGUCGAUCACUCUUGCGCGCGCACAGCACACAGACCUUUGCUAGGCCGCAUUGCAUUUUAGCAUUUCUCCUCGUGAGACCUAAUCCCAGAUCCCGGCAACCUUACGAUCUUUGGACGAGCAGGCGGCCUCGGCCGGUGGGUUGACAAACGCACCCUCGGCGCUUAAAACUUUGGGAGGCGAGGAAGCGUGCUGCGGGCACAACGGCGCAUCUGCGCAUCUGCGAGACUUGCCGGCACAACCGUCUCAAACCACCAAGCAGCGCGCUCGCCUCAGUGAGGACGACGGCUUUCGACGCGGCUUUCUCAGGUCUGUCCUUUUGAACAGGUUCAUCAAGCAACAGAAUUUUCGUCUGGGAAGGCCAUCUACCGACAGCUUCGUGAGACCCGCCCGCAACCGCGGCCGAAGCAUAUCCGGCACCAUCGUUCCUAGCUGUCGCAGGUGACAGCUCGAUCAGUCGCGGGACACAACAACGAAAGUUUUUUGCAGGGUCCAGCAUAUGCGCUCUUGCAGCGCACCAGUUUCACGAGAUUUUCCGUGCUACCGCCCUACGCCUACGGGGACACCACAAAACUGCAUCCUGGGCAUUGAGCGUCGAGUUGCGUGCCCACAGCUAAUCAUAAUAUUGAAUGAAAAUGACUUCUUUCACCGCCAUGAAUGGGGCUGGCUCACCCAAGGCCGCCAAUGCCAAUGGCGAUCCCAUCGGCGCAAAGCGUGCAGGCUCCUCGGAGAGGACCUGCGGCCCUGCGCAGAACUCAGACCAGGCGCCGAAGCAGCCGCCUCCAAGUGACGCCAACACCACCCACAGGGACCGGGACGGCUGGGCUCAGGGCGGCCCGGGCCACGAGAGACAGCCAUACUCCCCGGCCAAGUAUGCGGACAUGGACAGCUCACACAAGCGCAAGAGGUCAAGCUCUACCGAAUCGCCGCGGGGAGAAGGAGCCGCGCAGAACGAGAGGCAGCAAGAGGACGCCCGCCUGGAGCGAUCACGGGAAUCCGAACCAAGGGACCGGGACCCGUAUGAGCGUGAUGCGCGGGGUCGGCAGUACCGGUCGUAUGGCGACGACGGGCGGGAUCGUGAGCGGGAUCGUGACUCGUGGUAUUCUCCGCACGAGAGGCGGGACGACCGGGACCCCUACAGCCAACCACCGUCGGCGGCGCCGGACUCUGCAAACACCGAAGAACAGAUCGGAGAUGCCCUGCGAAGAGCUACGGAGGACUACCCACAGACCAGCCCGGACGGCGACGACAUGUCAAUGACCUACUCUGGUCAAUAUACUCCUGAGCAGAGGAGGGACGGCGUUGUCCAGUCCGACCCGAAGAAGAGGAAACGAAACUUUAGCAACCGGACCAAGACGGGCUGUCUGACGUGUCGCAAGAGAAAGAAGAAGUGCGAUGAGGCCAAGCCAGAGUGUAGUAACUGUCUGAGGGGGGGCUUUGUCUGUGCUGGAUAUCCUCCGCAGCGAGGGACGUGGCCCAAGCCCGAGAACAAGGUGCAGACCAUCCAGAUCGAGUCCAAAGACCCGAACUAUGUGCCACCAGGGGCGUACGGGAUGCCACAACCAGCCGUCUUCCCGCCCCAGCAUGGGAAGCGUGAACCCCUACCGUCCUACCGAGGCCAGCCGCUGCGGAUCGAACCACCACAGGGGCGGCCCGUGCUCACCGACGACGACAGGCUCACAGCCUCGACCCUGCCGACCGCCUCGGUGAUGGACCCUAACGAGAAGCUAUCGGCGUUGUCGUCGGCGUACCCCAACACGCCGGCCAACGUGUUCCCGACCCCAGUCAGCGCCGCACCGGUGCCCUUCCCGGAGCGGGGGGCCAAGGACUACCAGCGGGUGCCGCCGCUACACGACCUCACGCGGACCGAGCCCGACCUCACGCCACAGAGCACGACACUGCCGCACAUCAACAUCAUGCAUGCGACGCGGACCAACAGCCCCAUAGCGACCUCCCAGUCCGGCGCGAACCCGCAGGCGACGGCGCAGCUGGCGCUAUCGCACACGUCGCAGUUCCCCUCGCCGAUAGUACCGCCCACAAGCGCGGCGGGCGGCCCGGCGGGCAGCGGGGGGCCCGGCAGCGGCAGCGGCAGCGGCAGCGUCAUCGGCGGCAACAACAACCCGGGGCGGCGGGAGAAGGACGAGAUGAUCGCGGGGCGGCCGUUCUACCCGUUCGAGAAGGAGCUGGUGCUGGAGCGGGAGCGGUGCAACGCGGCGUGCUGGCGGUUCAACAACAGCACGAACCCGAACAACGGGGUGUCGCCGGCGGAGCGGGCGCGGCUGUUCCGGGAGAUCCUGAUGCCGCGGGACCCGAUCCAGCUGAGCCCGACGCAGUCGAGCCCGGUGACGCACACGGGCCGCGUCGGCGAGAACGUGGUGGUGGAGGCGCCCUUCACGUGCGACUACGGGUACAACAUCUCGAUCGGCAAGAACACGGUGGUGGGGCGCAACUGCACGGUGCUGGACGCGUGCGAGCUGACGAUCGGGAACAACGUCGUCAUCGGGCCCAACGUCAACUUCUACACGACCUCGAUGACGACGGACCCGCGGCGGCGCAACGGGGCGCGGGGCCCCUGCACGGGCAAGGGCAUCGUCAUCGAGGACGACGUCUUCAUCGGGGGGUCGGUCACCAUCCUCGGGGGUGUGAGGAUCGGCAGGGGCACGACGGUGGGCGCGAUGAGCCUCGUGAGCAAGUCCCAGCCCGCGCACGUCAUCGUCGCUGGCAACCCUGCCAAUGUCACGAGGGGCGUUGCUUCAAUGUACCCAUGAGAGGGUAGGGGAUGGGGGAGAGGGGGGAGAGGCCCGAAGCGGGCGGAUGAGCGAGUGUAGCACCUGGUCGAGACGAUAAUGGAUGACCUGACUAGACUGAGGGGAUUCACAACAUGGUGGUGCAGUUGGAAGCGGAGGGCUGUUCCCAAAGUGUCGUCUUUUCUCCUCGUUGUUGUUGUUGCUGUUCCUGUAUUGCUCUUUUUUGAUAUUGUUUGAUUGUCGUUUUUGGGGUUUUGCUUAUUGUUUUUUGUUUUUUUUUACUCUAACCUGCCCGGCUGUUCUUGCUUGCCCAAGAUACCCAACAUUAAUGCCCUUUAUGAAAAAAGCCAUCGUUUCUUACACACACACACACACACGCUGGUCUUGAUCUCCUUCUCGUAUCACCUCUCCUGGUGUGGUACAUGUGAGGGAUGUAGGGUGAAGGGGGAAAUGAGGGGGGAUUGGUACUGCCACUUUGUUUUCGUCCUCACUGUGUGCUUUCUGCUUGUUCUCUGCGCUGUUGCAAAAGGGCAUUUUCGUGGGGUAUAUACGCUGGCAAGGUCAUACAUAACUACAGCGGGGGACAUUGAAGCCAUAGAUUCGGGGGUCCUGUAUGAAGGAACGUACGUGAUGGGAGCUGUUGACAGGUGGUGGAUUGGAGAGAGAGAGAGUGAGAGUGAGAGUGCAGUCUAUCUGAUGUGUUGAUUAGACAGGCAUGUGGUGAUGCAGUCGAUGUGAUGUGAAGUUGGUGUACUGUAAUUGUAUUCCACCUGGGCGGAAUAAACGGAGAAUUGCAUUUUCUAUACCAA